GCGGGAGAAUAAUUCAUUGGAAAAAACCUCAAAGGGUAUACAGGAAUAUUUGAACUGAUUUUAUAGCGCGCAAUCGUACAAAGGCAAACACUCUAUUAUAAUGACCGAGCGAUAUGCGAAUGGGGUAUCCACCAGUUUAGUGGAGCCCGCUGCCAAUGGACAUUCAGCAGAGCCAAAGAAAGUCGCUGAAGAGGGCGAAGGCGAGAAGAUAGUGCUGAAACGCAAACUAACUCUAAUCAAUGGAGUGGCUAUUAUAGUGGGCACUAUUAUUGGGUCGGGCAUAUUUAUAGCACCCACCGGAGUGUUCUACUAUACGGAAUCCGUCGGAAGUUCACUUUUGAUAUGGUCCGCCUGCGGCAUUCUUUCAACAAUCGGCGCUCUUUGCUAUGCAGAGCUGGGCACUAGCAUUACCAGAUCCGGGGGAGAUUAUGCCUAUCUAUUGGUCGCAUUUGGCCCACUUGUCGGCUUUCUACGUCUAUGGAUCGCUCUGCUCAUUAUCAGGCCUACCACCCAGACAAUAGUUGCUCUCACUUUUGCCCAUUACGCUGCCAAGCCGUUCUUUGAAGACUGUGAUCCGCCUCAGAAUGCCGUGAAGCUACUGGCUGCCGUUUGUCUAUGCCUCCUCACUGCUAUCAACUGUCUGUCCGUCAAGGUGUCGAUGAAAGUGCAGGAUAUCUUUACGAUUGGCAAGCUCUUGGCACUCAUUAUGAUAAUACUCGCUGGUCUCUAUGUUAUGGCCACUGGAGAGUUGCGUAACUUCUCGAAUCCUUGGGAGGGCACUUACAGUGCUCGAAAUAUUGGCUAUGCUUUCUACUCCGGUUUGUUUGCCUUUGGCGGCUGGAACUAUUUGAACUUUGUCACUGAAGAGCUGCAGGAUCCGUACAAAAAUUUGCCACGCGCCAUUUGGAUAGCUAUGCCGCUGGUUACGGGAAUUUAUGUGCUGGUUAAUCUAGCAUAUUUUGCCGUUGUCUCCAAGCCGGAGAUGUUGAGCUCUCUAGCGGUGGCUGUGACCUUUGGCAACAAGGUGUUUGGCCCGUUGGCCUUUAUGGUGCCCAUUUUUGUGGCAUUGAGCACAUUUGGCGGUGUGAAUGGUGUGCUCUUCACCUCGGCCCGUCUGUUCGCCACUGGCGCCCAGGAGGGUCAUCUGCCCAAGUUCUUUCAGCUAUUCCAUGUCAAGCAGCAGACGCCAAUACCAUCGUUGAUAUUUACAUGUUUGAUGUCGUUGCUCAUGCUGCUUACCGAGAACGUCUACGAGCUGAUUAACUACUUUAGCUCUGUGUUGUGGCUCUCUGUUGUAGCCAGCAUAGCAGGCAUGCUGUGGCUGCGGCACAAGAAGCCGGAUCUGCCUCGUCCCAUCAAGGUGCAUUUGGCGUUGCCAAUUAUUUUUAUGACCAUUUGCGUGACUUUGGUGCUGUUACCCAACUUUAAGGAGCCCGCCAACCUACUCAUUGGCAUUGCCAUCACCUUGGCCGGCAUUCCCUUCUACUACGUUUGCAUUGCCUGGAAGCAAAAGCCGCGCUGCUACGGCCGUCUAUCGAAUGCCGUGGUCGAGCUGUGUCGUGCCAUCUUCAAUACAACCAUAAUAGAGUCAAACGAAACGCUAAAGUAGGCCGAUAUGCUCUACGCAUUUAUUUAACCACACAAAGCAAAGAUAUUGAACUCCAGCCAAGGGCUUUUUAAUUGUAUGCCAAAACUUUUUGUAUGAUAUUUUCGCAUAGACAUUAUUAUCAUUCCUCAAAAUUUAAAUUGCAAAUCAGUCGCUAGCUAUAGU